AUGAGAAUCCAUCGAAGCAACGCGAUAGAGCUGCGGAAACUAGUUGGGAUGGCGUUACCACACCAUCAAAUUUGUCUCAAUCUCUACCAAGAUGGAGGAAUACAUACUACUUCGGAAACCGGGCACAUGGGGACUCCUUCCGAUCGUAGCCGACUCUGGAAGAAAAUGUCUGCCCCCAAUGUUCAAUCCGACCCCUAUGCGACUAUUUUAGAAUCUUUCCGCACCCUCGCAAUCAGUGAAGGGCUGAAAAAGAAAAGUAAAGCAUACCAAGAGAGACGACGCGCUUUCCUUAUUGAGCACGUCCAAGACGGCUUCAUCAACCAGUUCGGGGUGAACUCCAGCAGCUUGGACAACUGGAAACGUCUUCUUGACACGGUGGGGAUUGAAGGGAGUGAAGAGUUUACUAGUAUCACGAUGUGUAAAGAGGCGCUGAAGGGGAAAUACGUAAAUCUCAUCGAUCUUGUGGAUGCAGCGAAUGCAGGAAAGGCUCUCACUGCUCCCAACCCGUUCUCGUCUGCAAAAGCUCUGUCGAAAUAUAUUCGAAGAACAAAGAAGAUCUUCCCGAAAGAGAAAGCUAAAAGAAACCCUCUACUAAGGCAAUUCUUGAUCGUUGUAACAGGUUCAUAA